AGGAAGUACGGUGAGCGGCUAACGUUAGCUUAGCGACCUUUAAUCAUCCAGAACCUGGCUGCGUUUUAACUUUAUAACUAAGUCCCCUGAAGGGACAGAGGUGGGGGUGAACAUGCCGCAGAAAGAUCCGUGUCAAAAGCAAGCAUGUGAGAUUCAAAAGUGUUUACAAGCCAACAAGUACGUGGAGAGCAUGUGUGAGGACGUGAUCCGGGAGAUGCGACGCUGCUGUGAGACUCAGGCCGGAAACUCCAUCUGCUGCUCCGGGUUCCGGCAGACUCGACCCCCGGAGGAGAAGAGGAGUCCCACGUAGCUGCCUCAUGUCACAGACUGGCUCUGUGUGUGUGUUGCUCUCACUCAGCCACUGCUGUUCAAAGUGCCAUCAGGGCUGAAAGAUUACAUCGAGAUAAAUAUUGUCACAUCAGCCGAUAUCGAUAAUCCUCACAAUUUAAAGACUCGUAAGCAUUGUAUCAAUACUUAUUGGUAUUGAUUUAUUGAGCAGCCCUUAUUGCAACUGAUGCAUAAUGUGGAUGAUUAUGAACUCACAGGUGACAUUAUGUGUGACAGGUCAUGUGAGAAAUACACUGGAGCUUUGAUCAGCCACAGUAUGAAUGCAAUCUUUUUUUUUUUUUUAAAUAUUAAGGCACAGUAGAACAGGAAUCAAUGUCAAAUUGACAUUGAGUAUCACAUAAUCUCUGUACAACAAUUAACAAUAUAUAGAGAUAUUGACACCAUAAAAACACUGUGCAUCUCGAUGGGUUAAGAGUAAGAUGUACAGUCUACCUCCUAGGAUGUUUUUCUUAAUUUUUGGACCACAUGAACGUGGUCAUGCGAACAAUACAUUACACAAUUCAAUGAAAAUAACAAUAAUAAUAAAAUUCUAUUAAGUAAUAAUUAAGUAUUAAAGCUGGAGAGAGUGGAAGAAUGUAUGUAAUAUAAAAUUUGUUAGAGCUAUCUUUCACUGAAUAUCUGAUCUUUUCCAGCUUUAGAAGGUAUGAGUGCAAUCUAUAUUAAUGUUAUAGUUUACUUUAGUGUUGUUUAAUAAUGUCGCACCUUUCCGGCACGGUUACAGAACAGAGUUGAACAACAUGACAUCAGCUGUCCAAUGUAGUAUUUAUUUAUUAAAGGGAAGUUUGACUGA